AUGUCUUUCCAGCUAAAGUCAAACACCAAAAAUGCCCAGCUACUCAGCAGUGUCAUUAGCUUGUACAUGUCCAAUGACAAUUUGAUCCAUCAAAACCUCUCCUUUAUUCUAGACAUCAUUGUCAAUCACCGUCUCUUUCACGAAUCUUCCAACGAGGAACCCAACGAUGAAUUGUCUGCUGUCUAUAGAAAAUGGACUGUCCGCUUGAACGCACUCUUGCAAUCCAAGAAUGCGGCUGCUCGUUGGUGCGGUAUCACACUUGUCAGAACCACUUGUGAAAACUCUCAUCAUUUACUCGUUGCCAAUGCAAAGACUUGGAGUGCACAACUGCUAGGCUUUGUAGGCAAAACAACAGAACCAGUUGCCAUUCACCAGGAGUGCAUAGAAACCCUCUCUUUCUUAUUCUCAUACACGAUCGACAAACCCGAAUUACAGAGAGAGAUAGCCACACCCAACUUACAACGAUACAACCAACUUUUACUUCAGUUGGGCCGCAAACAAGAUCUACUAGCUACUGUUCUGUCUGCAUUGACAGCCAACGUCAAAUGCUUUCCCUCUACUGCUAGACACAUUUCAGACCAAUGCCUCCAAUUGUGUUUAUCAUGCCUGGAUGGAUCAAGAGAUCUGAAUGACAAAACUCUCAAAGAAGCCAACAAAUGUUUAGUGUCCUUGUAUAUUGCAGGCGGUAAAUCCAUGAUGGCUGAACAGUGGAAAGACAGCAUUUCUCGAUUGAUUGGAUCUGUGCAUGAAUGCUUGAAUAGACUCUUUGACACUAUCGAUGAAGAAACGCAAGAAGCCGAAUUGCCAAAAUCAUAUCCCUUCCUUCCAGUGUCAACAGACUACGUCGAUGCUUUCCCCGUUUUGAUCAAGCGUAUUCAACUUGUUCAGGAUUGUAUUUCUACCUUUUUGACAACAUCUACUUCAAUUGUGGUUGGUGUGCCUGUCGUUCAUUUGGUUGAUCUCAUUUGCCGUAUCUAUAAUGUAUAUGAAGGAUCACUGAUGAGAGACUAUAAGGACAAGAGCGAAUUCUACACACUGAUGAUGUGCCUUCCUUCCCUCCAUUUGAGUACCAGCAAACUAUUUACUAGUUUAUUAUAUUGCUCUGGUCAGGAGAUGAUGCGAUACAGCAAGCUAUUCGCUAGAAUCUUACUUCGUCUGCUGAGCGAGCACAAGCAAAAGAGAGCACUCAAGGCCUCUGUCUACAAAUUGAUUGCACUGUGUUUAGAGAAAUGCGGUUACGCCUUUGCUGAAAGUAUCCACAAGCCUUUGAUUGCCUCCAUUUUAGAGGAUUUACAGAUCAUUGAAAAGAAGGCUGCUGGAUUUGCCACUACAAACAACCAACAAAAGAAAUCGCACAAAAAGAGAAGAACAGAUGUCACUAAUUCGGAUGCUCUAACCAACAAGCUUGUUGCUGCUGCCUCUACUCAAGUUCAAAUUGCCGCUUUGCAAACGCUCGCUACAUUAUUAGAAGUAUUCGGAUUCGCCUUGGAGAACGGACAAAGAUCUGCAGUGGACGGUACUGUGCUGAGCAGACUGAUCCAAGUGAUCCAGCCUACAGACAUGUCGGAUGAAGAAGUCAUUCUUGUCAAAGCUGAGCUCUACCAAUGCGUAAUCUCAUCUGUAACACAUCCCAUUGAAGCACAAGCCAGUAUUCUGCCUCAUGCAUCUCGCCUUUUUUCUGCUGGUAUCAAUGAUCAAUCUCACCAGCUUCAAGUCAUUUGUAAAAAGGGAUUGAGUGUCUGCGAUCUCAUCAUGCACUCUAGACUGCCUCCUGUUCAGCGUGUGUUGCCCAAGGCCUCCCCUACGGUGGUCGUUACAGCUCAAGAGUCGGUGGACGAGGAAGAAGAACAAGCAGAAGAGCCAAAGAAACAGGUUGCUGAUGAUAUCAUAGAGGAGGAAAAGAAGCCUGCUGCAGCCAAUGUCCAGCAAGUAGUGGAGGAGAAGGAAGAGAAAGCAGCCCCCAUUCAGCCUGUCAGUUUACCCAUCACACCUGUCACUUUGCCCGCAGUGAGUGAGAAACCCCCCGUCAACGGAGCUAAAGAAAAGACGCCCACUGCCGAAAUCAAGCCUGUAACAUUAGAGCCAGUAGCAGUAGAAGAGGUAGAGAUUGUUGAAUCUGUCACCAUCACGCCUCCUGUUGUUGCUGCUACUGCUGCUGUUGCUACUGCUGCAUCUCCUAAAGCUGCUGCAUCUCCUAAAGCUGCUGCAUCAUCCACAGUGGAUUUGGAUGAUGACAUGGACAUGGACAUGGACAUGCCGAUGAUUGAUAUGGCAGGACCUGAUAGUGAUGAAGAUGACGAAUAA